CUGACCCAGGUGCAUCUUGCAGGACUUUAUCCGCGAGACUGCCGUAGCUGCUGACUGAUAGCUACACAAUAAAACGUGAUAAAGACGACAAAGCAACGUGAGUGGGCUGUCACGUAAAGCUAAAAACAGUUUACUGAGCUGCAGCGGGUGGUGGUGGAAGGCUCCUAACGCCCAGCGGGAGAAGGGUGCCACCAUGCCCCGCGGCGCUCACUCUCCCCGGAAGACGCAGAGUCUCUACAUCAGUGGUGUUGGUGGUGGCAUCGGCGGCGGGGUGCGCACGGCCUCCCCCGAUCUGCUCCUCUCUUCUGCUGCCUCGGCUUCGGAGAUCCCGCCCACCUCGGCCCCACCCACGCCCCGGGAACGGCAGGGUCAAGGCGGGGGCAUGGGAGCAGGGGUGGGGCGCCCUCACAGCCUGGCAGGGGACAGCUCAACCACCCAUGCCGCUGCUUACCUCUACUCCUGCAACCCGCCCUACGCCAGGUACUAUGCCAACACUCCCCCUCCGUGUGUGGGCGUGUUCUCGUGCAAAAUGAAGGAAGGGGAGCGGACGCCGUCACCUGUGGGUGCGGCGGGACGAGGGGCAAGCACCACCACCACCACCACCACCCAUGAUGAGCUGUUCCACUCGCCCCGUCAUGCCGAGGUGGCGCUGCGCCGCAUGGAAGACUACUAUGCGCGGGGACAGCUGUGUGACGUCACGCUGGUGGCAGGGAACCGCAGAAUCAAGGCCCACCGCCUGGUGCUUAGUGCUGCCAGUGACUACUUUGCUGCCAUGUUCACCUCCCCUGUCCUUGAGGCCACCCAGGAAGAGGUCGCCCUCAGGGACAUGGACUCAGACGCCCUCCUGACCCUUGUCAACUAUUGCUACACAGGUAGUCUGGAGCUCCAUGAGGACACAGUGGAAGUGGUGCUGUCCACAGCCCACCACCUGCUGUUGACAGAGGUGGUGGAGGUAUGUUGUGACUUCCUCACCAAGCAACUUCACCCAGCCAAUUGUCUAGGCAUCCAGCUCUUUGCAGACACCCAGGGCUGCUCUGACCUACACCGGUUGGCCUCCAAGUACACCGCGGAGCAUUUCCAGGAGGUAAUGCACCACCAGGAGUUUGUGCAGCUGCCAGCUGAGGAGGCUGCCCAGCUGCUGGCCUCAGAUGAUCUCAAUGUGCCUUCUGAGGAGCUCAUCUUCCAGGCCCUGGUGGUAUGGCUGAAGCACGACCUUGAGGAGCGCUCCAAGAACAUGGCUCAGCUCCUCAGUCUGGUGAAGCUGCCCCUGCUCUCCCCUCAGUUCCUCACAGACCACAUCGAGACCAAUUCACUUUUCAAAGAGGAUCGGGAGUGCCAGGAGCUUAUUCUAGAGGCCCUGAAGUACCACCUCCUGCCAGAGCGAAGAUCAGCUCUUCAGUCUCCCCGCACCAAGCCCCGCAAGUCCACAGUGGGGGAUCUUUAUGUAGUGGGCGGCAUGGACUCCAAUAAGGGUGGGUGGAGAGGAAGUUCAACGGGCAUUGAAAAGUACGACCUGAGGACGAACAGCUGGACCAGUAUUGGCACCAUGACAGGCCGCCGCCUCCAGUUUGGGGUGGCGGUGCUGGACAGAAAGCUGCAUGUGGUGGGCGGCCGUGAUGGACUCAAGACCCUCAACACUGUGGAGGCGUACGACCCAGCCACCAACACCUGGACACAGCUUCCUCCCAUGUCCACCCACAGACAUGGCCUUGGGGUGGGAGUGCUGGAGGGCCCCCUGUAUGCUGUGGGAGGGCAUGACGGCUGGAGUUACCUUAACACAGUAGAGCGUUGGGACCCUCAGGCUCGCCAGUGGAGCUACGUGGCCCCCAUGUCAACCUCCAGAUCAACUGUGGGUGUGGCUGUCCUCAACCACAGGCUGUAUGCUGUUGGUGGGCGGGAUGGUUCUUCCUGCCUGCGGACUGUAGAGUGCUAUGAUCCCCAUACGAAUAAGUGGACGCCCUGUGCCCCCAUGGCCCGGCGGAGAGGAGGGGUAGCAGUGGGUGUGGUCAAUGGCUUCCUGUAUGCUGUAGGGGGCCAUGAUGCUCCAGCCUCCAACCCUUGUGCUUCCAGAUUUGACUGUGUAGAAAGGUAUGACCCUGCCACAGACACAUGGACGCAGGUAGCAUGUCUGAGUGUGGGCUGUGACAGUGCUGGAGUGAGUCUGCUGGGUGAUCGGCUCUUCUGCGUCGGAGGCUAUGAUGGGCAGACCUACCUCAACCUUGUUCAUGCAUACGACCCCCAGACCAACGAGUGGACGCAGAUGACGCCCCUCACCAAUGGCCGGGCCGGAGCUUGUGUGGUGGUAGUCAAAAAGGAACACUGACCAAGGCCCUUCUGAACUAGGUCAUGAAUCAUCCAGGUCAAUGGCUGCUUCAAGAUUGGUACCCAAGAGGAAAGUCAGUAAAGUUUCUUGUGCUGUGUUGUUCUGGUUUGUCAGAUUUUUCAUGUUGAAGGGGAAAACUGUCACCCUGUGUCUGCAUGAGGAAGACUCGUGACAAGGUGAGAGGAAGUGAUGGUGCUUGGACUAGAGGUAUAUGAUUUAGCAAUAAUGUUGUAAGAAUCUCAAAGGACUUCAGGGCUGUGCAAAAUGAGCUUUUUUAUUAUUAGUGAAUAGCAUGACUCAGAGUAGCACAAAUGAGUGUGUGAAGAGUCAGAUAAGAAAGCGAGGAAAUUCUUGAGUGGAAAUGGACUGAUUACAGCAGUUGUUGUCUCAGCUUGCAUGGAAAUGCAUAAUUCAUGAAGUUCAAAUAUAGAAAAUUCAUUUUGAAGCCUUAAUAUUGAAAUUUUGUGAUCUUUUGACCAUCAGUUGACUUUUGUGACCUGGAUGAUGUGAGGGGCCCAGAUCAACCUCAGGUCAUACUCUCUCUUCUCCUGUGAUAACACUACAUUGAUACUUGAUGAAGGUUUUGAUAUUAAUCAGGAAUGAAUGUCACUUUGUGGUAGAAUUGCACCUCAGCAGAAGACUUCCUGCAGGUCACGGUAAGUGUUUGUAAUCCAUUCCCAAACUUUGGGAACGUUUGCUUACGUACUGGAGAAACUCGGUGAUAACAGCUGAUAGUGAACGAUGCUACAGCUUUAAGCUAACUCUUGUGAUAACAAACCCUCCUCCUGUUUCUUGGUGUUAGUGUAAGGUGUGUCUGUUUUGUUGAAAAAUGUGAAUCUAAAAUGUUCAAAGGAUGUUAUGAGGUGAGUGAGCUCUGUGUGAGAGAGAACUGUCAUUGACUUGCCAGUAGUUUAGUGUAUUGAGGUCUUUCCAAUUUUUCUACAUGCCAUAUCGCAAAUAGUACUUUUUUGGGCAUUACUAUAUUAAUUUGAUAGUAGAGGAAAACUCAUUUUUGAUAGAUAGUCAUUCAAAAGUGUAUGAGGCAUUCCCCGUUAGUAGGAGGUAACACAUAAUUUUAAAAAGUUCCACAAAGUGUGCUCAAGGAAGUACAAUUUUCUCUGUUUUAUAGUCAUUAAUACAUAGAAUUAGCAAUGUUUUAUGGACUCCAGUCAAUCUAAAUCAUUACCAAAGUUAAUAUGAACAUACAUAUAUUACCUGUACAUAUUCACAGAGGAAUAUAUGAAAUAACUUUGAUAAAGACUGAACUGAUAGUAGAACCAAACCAGGUGGAUUGCAAAGAGGACAAAGGUAAUUGAAGAAUAAUGAUUUCAAGAGCAAAAUAUAAAACCAUGUAAAAUGUAAAGCAACUUCACUUGCAGCGCACAGUAAGAAUGUUGCGCCCAGUACCACUGUGUAGAGCAAUGGAUCAACAUUCAGAUUCUGUGAAAAAAUGCGUUUGGUUUGGGCGGUGUGUUGCCCUGCUCUGAUUAAGGAUGCCUCAUAUAACUAAGUGGAGUAAAAGUAAAAAUAAUUUCGUUGUUAGUUUUAACAGCUGCUUGAACCCAAAAGUUAGAAAUUUACAGUAAUCAUUCCUCAUGCCAUUCAGUUAUUUAAUUACAAGGAAUGUUUUUAAUAUGCUGGAUGUAUGCUCCUUAAACAUAGGUACAUAGUUAAGACAAUUUUUUAUAUAUAUCUGCACCAUACAGGGAUUUGAAUAUCUGCACCACAGUUUUUUCAAAAAUUUAAUUUAUUUUAUCUUUUUAUAGCAAAAGUCAUAAUUAUGUAUCUGUGGUAUAUGAAAUUGCUUAGCUUUUUCCUCUGUGAAAUUAAUUGUUAUUAGGAAGUUGAAUCAUACAGUUUAUUUCAUCCUUGCUACAUACCAGCUCAUUGUCUUUGAACGUAGAUAACUCAUUGCAGUAGACAAAGUGAUGCUGAUAUGUGACAUUCUCCAGUACAUUUAGUAAUAACUCAUAGAUUGAAGUGGUUGGUGUAUAGUGAUAUGACUGAAUGUAUCCGCAUGAAUUCAUUAUUUAUGCUGUAUAUUCUUUCAUAUUGAUAUAGAAAGAUGCUGUGAAUUUGACAAAUAUACCAUUAGAUUUGCAUAGAUAAAUAAAACUGUUCCAAUGACAUUCCUCUCAUGCUGUUGCUGCCACUUCUCUCUGUCUCUGCUUGUGACAAUCUUACACUCCAGGGAACACUUGAUGUUGUGUUGAUGACCCUCUCCUCAUCCCAGCCUUCCUUGCCACAUUAUAGAGGAAGGCUAGUUGUGCUUUUAAGUUGAGUUAAGGGCAAAAUCAUGUGUCCCAAAUGAGAGAUAACUAAAAAUAUUUUACUAUAAAUUAUCUGUAGUAACAGGAAAGGAAUUAAAUAGAAAUUUAAUUUACCACUUAUGGUACUUCAAAGCCCAUUAAAGAAAAACCCUUCAUGAGGAAGGAAUUGAUCUCAUAGGUAUGUUUGGUGGUGUAGCUGCUUGUAGACAUUGGCUGGAGCUUUGGUUUUCGGCAACUUGUAGUUUGCAGUCAAUAUUUGUGGCCUCCUGGGUUGACCAAGCCCACCAUCAAUAGUGAAACUGCACCAAAAUGGUUGACAGUGUAGUAUUUCAUUAUUCUUUCGUAGAUUUUUCUAUUAAGUAAUUGUGAGCAUUCAACACAAUCUUUCAAGGUUUUGCAACUUAGAUAGCAAACAAAUAGAAUAGACCUGAUGCCUUAGUAGUGAGGUGCUGUGUGGGGAUUUUGUGUAGUGACUAUUAUUAAGUAAAGUGGCUGUGGUUAACUCUUGUAAUUAUGGCAAUAAUUCCAAAUUUUGUUCAGUGGAAUGUGAAUUUCAGUAACAAGUUUCCUCUGCUAGAUUUUGCUUUCACUCUGCAAAAACUGAGAUGACUCGGAGUCACCAGUAUUUUCAUUUAAUGUGGAAAUGGGAGUGCUAGCAUUGUGUCUUGCAUCGGGGAGUUCACACCUGAGUAAAGCCGCUUCUUGAUGAGAAAGGCAUGUUCUAUCAUAACCGCAGCACAUCUACAGAGUGUGAAUGUUCUAGCUGAGGAAUGAUUUGGUUUUCUAUUCAUUGUAAACACAGCAAAUGUCCUUAUAUAGAAACUUAACAUCAUGAAUAUAGAUGAAUAUGUAGGUGCACAGUGGAAUAUUGUGUGUUUUCUUAUGUAGAUGAAUUUAUCUUAUUCUACUAAUGGUGGCUCUCCAUUUAGAUUAGUUUUCAAACAUCUCUGUUGAGGCUCAAAAUCCUUCAGUCAUUCUGCAAUACUACUUUGCUCUGAGUCAUCUUUGGUCUGUCUCUCUCAACUCUACUCGUGGCUCCUGCCUCUCCCAUUCUUCUCGUCCCACGGCAUUCUUCCCUCCUCUUCUUAUGUCCAGACCAUCUUUAUCUAACUGUCCUCAUCAAAUCUUAUUUCUCAGAGCUGUACUGAAAAUCCCAACCCCUCAACAAGGAAAAUAUUAAACAAUUAUUGUUGUAUAGAUCAGGAAAAAAUGUAUGCUCACUGAAUUGAUUGACCAAAAGAGCAAAAGGAGAAGUUUUAUACUAGAAUAUUGAUGCUGAUUUUAUUUAUUUUGGUAUGAGACAAGCACGCUAAUGCACACCCAAUGCUGAUUUGCAACUUUCAUAAUCAUUCAUAUAUAGCUGUUUCUCAGCCACUCACAACUUCAAGUUAGCUGCAGCGGACAGGUUAAACCUCACGGAGUAUUCCAAGUAGCCUAAAUGUUUUCAUUUAAAAGCUCUUAACUAAUAAGUGAUAUAUUGAUUUUACUUCAGAAAAUAGAAUAGAAUUAAAUAUCUUGAUUUUUAAGUUUGAAUUUAAGGACAUUUGCUGUAAAGGAAAGAAAACUAAUGUUAAAUGUGAUGAUCCACUUCAAAGUGAUGUCUGCAUCUCUGGUUGCAUGGGUAGUUAAUGUUUCUGAAAGUCUACAGUAUGUGAAUGUAAGUGAUAUUUACAUCUCCAUGCCAGUCACAAAAUGCGGAGGCUCACAAACUUUAUUUCUGGUGAAGUUUUGUGAAGGUGAGGCCCCUGACCAAGCUGCUGCUUUGUUUGGGACUAUACAGAAUUCAGAGCAUUGUAGUAUUUUGGAUAUAUAGAUAUUUAUAGACUAUAAGAUUGCAUUCCACUGCCUGAUUUUUUUCAAACUGGGCUCAAUCUCAAUAUUUUUACCCCAGUAAACAUGAGUUCCAUUACAUAAUAGUCCUGUGCUAGUGGUGUUGCUUCCUGAUGAUGUAUUUGUACAUAAUUAUAUUUCCAAAAUAUGUAUGAGAAUACUAAGUUCCAGCUCAUUGUUACAAGCUUGUGCAACUGUAGUUGGUUGAGUAAUAACUCUGAAAGGUUAUUGGUGAGAAGAGGGCGGGGCUGGUGUGCUCAUCGCAUAACAGCUCCUGCCAAGUCUUAUCACCAACAUCUCUGUGUGACUGAUUAUACUGACUUUGCUAUGUUAAUCCAAUGCCAAAAAAAUAUUAUAUCAGCUGUCACCUCAAAAUAAGGUUACCUGGGAAUAGUUGAAUGAGUUUGCUUUAAGGUGCCAUCACAACAGAACUCAUAGUGCACAAAGCCAUCAAGGAAGAAAAUAUCAUUUGUUGACCACCCCCAGAACCUGUACACGAGACUGCCAUCACUUGCUGCUCUUUUACAUUGUAGUUGUGACUGCCAACAAAAUGCCUUAACAAACUGAGGACUCAUUUUAACCAACCCUUACUGCUUAGCAGGAUUAUUUAGCUUUGAGAACUUUAUAACGGCCGAUGAGUCUGAAUCAGGUAUGAACCAGCAUGGCCCUUGUCCCUUAAUCAACACAUGUGCCUAUUGUGUGUUUGCUCACCAUUUGCAAGGUGCUUAGAUUAUUUUUCACCUCCAAGGAAACUCACUCCAAUGUCCUCAGUUAGUUAUUUAGAUUGGUGACAAAUUACAACAUUUAGGGAUAUUUCAUGCAUUAUGAACACAAUGAAUUUUUUACAUACAUAAUGUAGAGCAAGAAAUAAUCAUUUUACAUUUUAUAGCUAUAUAUAUAUAUAUAUAUAUCGGUACCUCCCCACACUACCUGAAGGGCCAACAUGUGGGAGGUGAAAUUCCACGUAUCCAGAUUGGUUUAUUUUCUCAGUAUUUUUUUUAUAACUGCAUAUUGAUUAUUUGGUUCAUUAAGGGUGCUAGUCAUAGCCUAAAGUAAUUAAAUCUUUAGUACUGUGGUGAAACUGUGUUCCAGAACUGAAUUUGGAGCUUUUAAGAAUGCAGAUAAAGCCUGUUCUGGGAAUUUUUUUUUAAAAUCAUGUUGCAGAAUUCUUCACUUUAUCAUUUACUACAUCUGCAGAAUUAUUUGUAUUUAGGAUGAAAAAGGUUGUUGAAUGAACUGAAGUAUAUCUAAUCAGCUUGCAGACGUUUGGGGGCCUCAGUAACCAGAGAAUAAUGAAGAUACAUGUAGAUAAUAGCCUAAUACUUGAAAAUGUAACUGUUAAAAGAUGGCUUAUGGGCAUUUAUGAAUGGUUUAAUUCAUUAUGUUGUUGGUCAUAACAUGAAGUCAGCCCCAGAGUGCUGCCUGGCUUCCAUUAUUUGGUUAAGAUGUUGGCCGAUAAGGCAUCGUCACUUUGACAGAGUAAUCCCAUGUGUUGAUAGUAUUGAUUAUCUUAUGUAGCUGUACGUAUUUAGUCAUCACCGCAUCUCAAGUUUUGAGAUAGGGAUCAAAAUGGAAAAUCUGGGAGUAGUUUAGUAUUAGUAGAACACUGUAGCUUUAAGAAAUUUCUGGCAUAUAUAUUUUAAUUUACAUCUGCUGAUGCAUUUGUUUGACCAAGGAGCAGAAGUACAGAGUGAGUUUGAGAUGAGGUAUGAGACCUGUGUUGAUGUGAUACAAUAGUAAAAAUAUAGUUCUGUGGCCUUCCUGUGUAGGUUAAGGAGUCACUGCCACUCCCACAGCCACCACCACGACCCACUGCCAAUAUCUACUGUGACCAAUUUUUAGCUGGCAGUUUCUCCUCACCACAUCUUUCCAUCCCUCAGCACCAUGGCGGAGUGGUCAGCUUAUUGACGUGACAAAGAGUGUGCACCUCAUGUACAGCAGGCUUGUAGUGAGAGAGACAAGUGUGUUCUCAUCACCCUCUCUGAGCGUAAUGGAUUUAUUUGCCUGGACUUGGGAUUAUUUAUCCUUUUAAGGCAUUCAUGAAAUUAUCAAUUAUCUCUGUGGUGGAUGACAUUUGACUUCCUGUCCUCAAUGUUCUGCUCUUCUCUACCAGUGUUCAUACUAGUUAUUGCCUUGCUGAGGAACUUACUGCUUCAUCUCGGCAGGGCUGUGGGGUCAUGGAGUCAGAGUCAGAAGCACUUAUGGUGAUGCUAAUGUUGAAGACAAAGUCUGUAUUAAAAUCCUGACUCCGUUUCUGAUCACCAGUUAGAAAUUUUUUAAACGUGAUGUAGAUGUUAUGUGUAGCUGUUGCCUUUCAAACAAUAACUGCUUUGGUUUUAUUUCUUAUUGCUGCUGCAGUUCAUUUUUUUAUUUUAUUUUCCAAAUUUUAUUCAAGACCAUAAUUUUUUCUCCUUGCCCAAAUCUAAUAGAAUAAAAGAAACCCUACCUGUUUGUGCACUGAGUUUUAGUCUUGAUUGCAUUUGAGAAACUCGUGCCGUCACACUGUAGCUACAACCAUUAGAGUCAAGUCUAUAGGGACAUGAGAUCUAAAAGUAGCCUGACAAUUUAUGUGGUUGUGAUGGAAUGACAUCUUGUGUAUAUCAUCAUGGCAUAUCUAUCAUAGAGGAAAUCUGUGGAGUUGGAGUUAAGACACAAGAAAUUGAGGUGUCAGAGUCAGGUGUUUUGGAUACAGACUCCACAGCCCUGCUUCUCUGGUGUCUUGGUCUCAUUGAUCUUGUGGGCACUAUCAAGGGCUUAGUGUGGUGGUGGUGGUGGCCUCUUCCUGGUGAGUUAAAGCUCUGUACAGAUGCCAGCUUGUGAAUAAUUGUGAUGAAUGUAAGAUAAUAAAAUAAGUUGUAUCCUUGAACCUUAAACAAAGUUGAUUGUCACAUAUUCUUAGAAUGUUAGUAAUGAUUAUCACAUUGCACACUUUUACAGUAAUCUUUUUACUGCAGGCAGCUGCGUUAGGUUUGUUACUUUCUUUAAAUGGUGGUAUGAUGUCCCAGCUUAUGCAAAGGAACAGUCUUGGAUGAAUAGAAAGAUGCAUAUAAAUGGACUGUUGGUAAUUACAAAUACUUGCACAUUCCAUGACGUAAGUUAGCUUUGGCAUCAAUGCACGACUUAAGUGAACAAAUUUUUCUCUCAAAGUUAUCUUUCAUCCCCAUCUUUGGGGCAUCAGGUUGUCCAAUAUGAUGAAUUAGUGUAAACAUUCUGAAACCAAUUGAUUGGUAAAUUGAUUGACAUAUAAUUUUUUAUUUUUUGGCAUUUUGUAUAGUAUAUAUAUUUUAUAUGGUUUAAGAGUGUUGCAUCAUGGCAGCUGUAAUGCAGACUUGUGGUGUUGGAAGGUAAAUGUGUCUAAAGAG